CAUGAGUUGAUAAGACCGAACCUCCCCUCAUCUCUAUAUGGCUCUAUUCCCACUCCCCACCUCCUCCUCCUCCUCGGUGUAUUUAUUACCUCUCCACUUGCCUUCACUUCACUGCAUUUCUCUUGUUAACAACCUCUCUCUCUCUCUCUCUCUCUCUCUCUCUCUCAUGGCGGUGUCAAAACAAAUCGCCCGUACAGCUGUUGGUAUUCUUGGAAACAUCAUCUCAAUCAUCUUGUUCUUGUCACCAGUGCCCACUUUUAUUCAAAUAUGCAAAAAAGGGUCAGUAGAGCAGUUCUCAGCGGCACCCUAUCUAGCAACACUGAUCAACUGCAGCCUAUGGGUCCUGUACGGGCUGCCGAUGGUGCACCCAAAUAGCACUCUGGUGCUGACCAUCAACGGGGCAGGGGUGGUGAUCGAGCUAGUUUAUCUGCUUCUCUUCCUUCGGUACUCUGAUCGGAGGAAGAAACUCAGAGUUGUAGUCAUAAUGCUGAUUGAGUGCGUAAUUUUAGCAGCCUUGGCCAUUUUGGUUAUGACUCUGGCCCACACGACCAAGGUUCGGUCCACCACUGUUGGAAGUAUAGCCCUUGUGGGUAAUGUCCUGAUGUAUGCUUCGCCCUUGGCGGUCAUGAAAAUGGUGAUUACGACAAGAAGCGUGGAGUACAUGCCGCUUUCUCUUUCCUUGGCUUCCUUAGCCAAUGGCAUUUGCUGGACUACUUAUGCCGUCAUCCGCUUUGACCCCUUCAUUGCUGUACCUAAUGGGUUGGGCAUCGUUUUUGGGUUGGCCCAGCUUAUACUGUACGCCACAUUUUACAGAUCAACCAAGAAACAGGCAUUGGAAAGGCAAGUGAAAUGGGAAAUGGGACUGGCUGCGACUACCAUUUCUGGACUCGACUCCGCAAAAACAAGCAGGGUGGCCCAGAAUGGUCAUGAUUCAUACGUAAAUGGGACUUGAUUGAUUAACUCCGUCGUGUCGAGCCGGGUUUCUCAUGGGCCUGAGCCCAUUUAUAAGGGCCCAGUAAUAAGAUGCUUACUUGUCAGAAUAGAAUAGCUUCGUCAUAUACUACUACUAGUAUGUAUUGAAUCCUGAAGUAGGGAAAUGCCAU